AUGUGGGGCUUUUCACCUCAAUGCAACGUAACAGAAACUCCCACUGUCAAACCCUAUAUUCUAGAACAAAGCAGUGACGACUUUCCUUCGUUAAAGGAGGAGUGGGGCAGCAGAAGGGUCCUAAAGAAACGGAAGACGCAACAGAGUAUUAAAAGAAAACGGAAAAAAGGACCCUCUGGCGUGGCUGCGUUUUCCAGCACGCUGGCCAAAAUAUCACUGGAGGAGAAUGGGCUUCAUGAGAGUGCAGAAGAAGAGCCAGACAUCCUGCUGGAGUGUGACAGCAGCGUGCUGGACUCCGUAGAAAAACAUCUGAAACUGUACAAGAUCCGGAGGAAAGUAAACAUUGCCCCCUGCCUUGACCUCUCUUUGUGGGCCGUUAUCCCCAGGGAGCAGCCUGGAGACAUUGCCAGUUCCCUCAGUAAAUGCGCAGGCCAGACUGUGGUUUUAACUCCUGACCCCAGAACAGAAGUCAUGGGCUGGAGACUGAUUACCAAAAAAGAAGCAAAUCUACUAGAUAUUAUCCCUGGAAGUCAUAUUGGAAACAUUCAGGACUACCACAGGCACAGGUAUAAACAAGGAAUUCCUGAAGGUGUGAAAGAUCUCCCUCCUGGAGUAGCUCUCCCGCUGGAAUCAAACCUGGCCUACAUGAAUGGUAUCAGCUUUACCAAAGGUUGUUAUAUUGGACAGGAGUUAACAGCCAGAACCCAUCACAUGGGUGUCAUUCGCAAACGUCUGCUGCCGGUUCAGUUUUCGGCCCCUCUUCCCCUGGAAAGUAUUCCUGAGGGUGCCGAGAUCUUAACUGAAUCAGGAAAGUCAGCUGGCAAGUUCCGGGCUGGAGGAGAUGAACUCGGUAUAGCUUUGCUGAGGCUAGCUAAUAUAAAUGAACCGCUUUGCCUCAAAAUACCAGGUGAUAAAGUGAAGCUCACUGCAACUAUACCCGAGUGGUGGCCAAAAACUACUGGUAAAUAAAUGAGGAACCACUUCCUGCACAGUUGCCUUACUGAGAAUAUAGUUUGUCUGACAAGCUUUUUGAAGGUAACUCUGCCUUCAGCUUCUGUUUGCAGUGUUUGGUUGGCGAGUGUAUGAGCAGCAUCCUUCAGUUCAGGACUACACAGCAGGAAGCCAAACCAGCAGCGAGUCACUGAGAAUAAUCAAUAUUAACACUUUGUGGAGAGAUCCUUGAAGGAUAGGGUACACAGGAAGGUGUAUAACAUUCAGUUUCUCUGCCUGUUCCAUUAAGAAGCGUAGGGGUAAGUGGGACUGGGCUUUUCUAGGCAAGGAAACAUGGAGGAUCCUUGAUUUGACCGUAGCACCCUCGUGGCCCAACCACUUUCUCUAAUUUGCACAAAAUUACUUCUGAAGGAGGGCAGAGAGAGGCUGGUUACUGCUGGCUAUACCUGACAUAGGGAAAAUCAGAGUAACUCUUGGUACUGGUUCCCCUUGCAUGCAGCAAGAUUGCCUAAGUUAUUGCACUCAAUAUUUAUGUAGGUGGUGCCACGUGCUGUUGGAUUGGACUCCUGAUGAAUUUUGAGUCCACCAUCCGCUAGAUCAAAUUGUAGUCUGCAUAUGGUGCUGUGUGUAUUGAGACACUGAAGGAAGUGAUAGGAGUUUCAUCAUUGUAUGUACUGAAUGUUUCUGUUCAGAAUAACCAUUCUGUGGUAUUACAAAUUAUUUAAUUGAGAGCAUGCUUGCUACACUUCUGUUUGCAUAAGAUAUGUCUUUGUUAUACUCAGGCUGAAGUGUUCACUGCAAAAUAUUCCUUGCAUUGAGCUUCUUAUUAAAUUUGCUGAUUGGAUGGAUAUUUUUUCCCAUCACUACUACUGCUCGCUGUGUUCAGGGAGAGGAACGUCUUGUACUUCGCAUAUCAAAUCUCGCUUUCAAUACCUCACCAUACUGAGCAAUGUGGGAAAGCCCUCGAAGAUCCGUGCCCAUUUCCCCGCUGCAGGGCCAGCAGAGGGAGCACAGCCAGCAGCAGUCUGCCUAAGAGCUGCACUGCAGUUCCUGAUCUUGGUCUUGCGCACAUUGUUCCCCCAAACAACUCCUUCAGUGAGGAAUGUUAUAUUUUACAGAAGUGCAUUGGUGCAUGCCCUGCAGUGACUCUGUUAUACUGGUGUACUGCUGCCUGGUAGGAGUAAGCUAUUGCUAGAAACAGUUUCCCCCCAGUGUAACUAAUUCAGUUGCCAACAACAGUUGAGGGGUUUUGUUGGCAUUCUCCUAAUUUGGAUAUGUGCAAGGUUACCUAGGAGGAAAGUUUGCUUGCACAGGGGAUUGCACUGUUUUAUUUAUGCCAGCACAGUUGAUAAUGAAGGAGGUUCUGAAAUAAAAGUACUGUGAUUAAGGACACGAAAUAGGAUCACGUGUUCUGUUGAAUCUUAAGAAAAGUCCUCCAAACUUUCCUGAAGCCUUCAGCAGGUAAGUGGCAUCACUUUUUCCAUGUAACCACUACAAAGCUCGUGAAGGGACAGCAUGUCCCCACCUCAAUGUGACAUGCUUGCUCCUUCCUUCAGUGUAAGCUGCAGUCUCUGGAGAAGUGGCUAAUGCCACGUGUGUGCUGCUACUGAAGGGCACAACGCUGCCUUGCGUGAAAAGCAAAUUGGAGAAUACCAAGCAGAGCUUGUCCAAGCCCCUGUGGGUCUUGUGCACCCUUUUCACAGCCAUGUCAGCCUCUUGCUCUUCUUUGCUUAACCUGGUGUGCCUGACUGAGGGAACGCGCUUUCUCCAUGCUCACUUUCCUGGCUGCUUCACUGCACUCUUGUUCUCCUAGGAGCUCUCUGUGGCGCCCAUACAAAAAGCUUCUCAUUGCCCAGUCGCUGCUACUGUCUCUUGCUGAGGUUUUCUCCAUCCGUCGUCCCCUGUGGGUAUUCAGGACAGCCCAGUACUUCAAGAUUUCUUUGGCUGUUGAUUUUUUCUGGCUCCUGCUGCUGUUCUGUCUCUGCACUUGUUCCUACUUCUACAAUCAAUUUAUUCCUCUCUUUCCUGUCCAAAGCCAGCCAGCCCUGUGCCUCCUCACCCUGUCAACCUGCACUAAUUUAUAUGUAUUUUUAUAUGAUAAUAAAUCCAUUAUGUGUCCAGUGUUGAAAUGGUAUGUGUGAGGAAGCGGGUGAUGAGAGAGAUGAAUAGGUGAGAUCCCAUUCUGGCAAAAGUUAUUGUAUACAUGUCUAUAAUGAAAACCGUCCAAAGCACAUUCGGUAAGUGUACUGCUGUAGCCAUUACUGUGAAGGAAUUUGUGAAAGGUGCUCGUAUUGGUCAAAACUCCUUAUGCUUGCUGUAAAAUGAUUCUAUGGAAUAUCUCAUUAAAAGUUGAUUGUAUCAGUAAUUUUAAAUGUACAUGUCUGAAAGAAAAGAGACACAAGCUUUUAUUUACUUAAUGUGAAGCUAUAUAAUGGAAUAGUGGUGGGUUUUUUUGGUUGUUUGCUGACAAUAAACAUGUCCCCAAAGA